AUGGAUCAAAAUUUGUAUCAAGCUGUGACUCAAGGGAAUGUCCAGAGAUUGAAAUCACUCGCCGACAAAGAACCAAAGCUCUUGCUAUCCAGGACUCCCAAUGAAAACACUGCACUGCAUAUUGCUGCAAAACAAGGCCAUAAAGAGGUAGCUGACGAGAUCAUAAGCAGGGACAACACCCUUCUUUCAAUGCGAAACAAAGAUGGUGACACCCCACUCCACAUUGCCGUGAGAACCACACACACAGAUGUCGCAUCCUUGCUCAUAAACUUUACAAAGAAUUACCCAGCUGAUAUUGAAUUGGGAGAGAAACCAUUACACCAGAUCAACAACAAAGACAACACUGUCUUGCAUGAUGCGGUCAGCAGUAAAAACAUUAAGAUAGUAAAGGAGUUAUUGGAAGCUGAUCCAGAACUCAGGCAUAGCCUUAACAAGGAGAAUGAAUCACCAUUGCAUAUCGCAGCUUAUGAAGGGUUUUUGGAGAUUGUAGAUGCGUUCUUGAAGUUCGACCUUGUUGUCCCUACGGAAGCUUUGGACACAGGAACACCUCUGCACCUGGCUGCGUUUGGUGGUCAUAUUAAGAUUGUCGAAAAGUUGUUGCAGAAAAAUGCUGAUCUCAUCACCCAAUGUGAUGCGUGUGGAAAUACUGCUGUUCACUCUGCAGCACAGAACAAUUACAGCCAUAUAGUGGACCUAUUACUGAGGAAAAAUCUCACUCUUGCUUAUAUCAAGAACAAAGAAGGGAAACCUCCUCUGCUUGUAGCCGCAGCUUCUGGCUCCAAUGCAGCAAUCAAAGAGAUACUAAAACAAUGCCCUGAUGCUUCAGAGCAGGUUGAUGAUAAAGGCAGGAAUGCUCUCCACAUUGCUGUUAACAGCAGGAUGGUUGGAUCACUCAAAUGCUUGUUGAACUGCAUUCGGUCUGAGGACAUCAUCAACAAACAGGAUGCUGAUGGCAACACUCCACUUCAUCUCGCUGCGAAGCAGUCCCUGCUACUACCCACUAUGCGUCUAUUGGCAGACAAGAGAGUGAACCCAAACCUUGUGAACAAUUAUGGCCACACCGCACGAAUGCUUGUAGAAAACCCUGACAACAUGGACACAUGCCAGUCUGGAUCAUUUCUAUGGAAAACAAAUCCAUUGGACGAGCGGUUAAAAUCCACAAUAACAACAUACAUACUGGUUGCGACACUGAUAGCCAGUGUUACGUUUGCAGCAAUCUUCACAAUGCCAGGAGGCUACGAUCAAAACACUGGCAAACCUUUGCUCGGAGGUCACGCAUCAUUCAAGAUGUUCAUCAUGUCAACCACCAUUGCCAUGUGCAGCUCUGUUGUCGUCAUCUUCAGUUACAUGCGGACAUGGAAUAAACCAGUUCAGUUCAAGUUGACGCAAAUAGUAUUCGGCCACCGCCUACUUGUCGUUGCCUUUCUAGGAAUGCUUGUAGCAUUAGCAGCCGCAGUCUUUGUGACAAUGUCUGAAGGAUGCAAAUGGUUAGCUAUUGUUGUAAUCCUGAUGUGCUGCUGCAUUGCACCGUUACUUGUCUGGGCUCUGCAAGGCACUGUUGUCUUCAGGCCCGGCAUUUGGGAUAAACGACCAAGAUAUCUAGAACCAGUUUCUUCACCAUCUUCCUCUUUUGUGAUGACUGUUUAUAUGCCAUUAUGCCCUGUAAAGCUGUUAACUUUGGCUGGAAAAACUCUGUUAGCCUAUGCAUAA